CUGACAUUGGAAAUAAUGGCGAUGGUUUUUGGUCAUAAAAUUUAAUUUUGUUUUGAAAAAUCCAAUGCAAAUGAGUGCUUAGUUAGAGAAUUUAAAUAAACGCCAUUUAAGUUGCUUAUCAGCAUCGCAGUCAAAUAUGGAUAAACACAACAGUUCUGAGUUGUUAAACUCUGAUUAUUCGGUAUCUAAAAAUGCUAGUUCCGAUUCAUUGGAUUCAGACUCCAAAUCGAGUUCAUUGAAUUCCAAACACGGACAAGAUUCCGCCCAUGGAUUGGGUGACAUUCAGUUGUUAGAUGGAGAGAAAGUUAUGAGUGUCUCCAGAGAUGUCACAUAUUUGUGUCCAUACAAUGGUCCGUCCCAUGGAGUUCUUAAAGUAACUAAUUACCAACUGCAUUUUAGACCUACCGAUGCAACCUCACUUCAAACUACAUUAAGUGUCUCACUUGGAGUUGUGUCCCGUAUAGAAAAAGUUGGCGGAGCAUCAUCUAAGGGUGAAAACUCGUAUGGUAUUGAAGUAUUCUGUAAGGAUAUGCGUAAUUUGCGUUUUGCACACAGACAAGAGAAUCACUCCAGGCGUGGAAUAUUCGAGAAGUUACAGCAGUUAGCCUUCCCAUUGUCACAUAGACUGCCGUUGUUCGCAUUUAGCUAUUCGGAGAGCUUUCCAGAAGAUGGCUGGAAUGUAUAUGAGCCUUUUGUUGAACUGAGAAGAAUGGGUGUCAACAACGAUAUGUGGCGCAUAACACGUAUAAACGACAAGUAUGAAAUAUGCGACAGCUACCCAGCAGUUUGGGCUGUACCGGCCGCGGCGAACGAUGACUUGCUGCGAUCCGUAGCCGCGUAUCGCUCCCGUGGACGCAUACCAGUACUCGCGUGGAUACAUCCAAGCUCGCAGGCCACAAUAACUAGAUGCAGCCAGCCUUUAGUGGGAGUGAGUGGGAAACGUAGCAGAGAGGACGAGAGGUAUAUACAAUUGAUCAUGGAUGCCAAUGCGCAAGCGCACAAAUUAUUUAUCAUGGACGCACGACCAAGCGCAAACGCUAUAGCGAACAAAGCUAAGGGAGGCGGAUACGAGUCUGAGGAUGCCUAUCAGAACGCGGAGCUUGUUUUCCUAGACAUUCACAACAUUCACGUGAUGAGGGAAAGUUUGCGGAAACUAAAGGAGCUAUGCUUCCCGCAAAUUGAUCAAACUAGGUGGUUCAGUGGAAUAGAGGCUAGUUGCUGGUUGAAACACAUUAAAUGCAUCCUAGCGGGCGCUGUACGCAUCGUAGACAAGGUGGAGAACCACAAAACAUCAGUGUUGGUUCACUGUUCCGAUGGGUGGGACAGGACGGCACAGUUAACGGCGUUGGCCAUGCUAAUGUUGGAUCCAUAUUAUCGCACACUCAGAGGCUUCCAGGUUCUUAUUGAAAAAGAGUGGCUUUCGUUUGGGCACAAAUUUCAACUGCGAAUCGGUCACGGAGACGAGCGUCACUCCGACGCUGAUAGAUCACCCGUGUUCGUACAGUGGGUGGACUGCGUUUGGCAACUGCAGCAACAGUUUCCCACCGCGUUUGAGUUCACUGAGAGACUCCUUAUCACCAUCGUCGAUCAUCUCUACUCGUGUCGCUUCGGGACUUUCCUGUUCAAUACUGAAAGAGAGAGAGUGAAAGAAGAAGUAAAGGCAAAGACAGUGUCGCUGUGGUCUUACAUUAACAGUAGACAGAACCUGUACCUCAAUCCACUGUACUGGGGUCCUUCGUCGUUCAGCACGAAUUCCCCACCGUCGCCAUACUCCAGACCUCAGAUGGUAUUGGUGCCUGUCGCGUCCUUGAGGAUCAUCAAACUGUGGAAAGCUUUGUACUGCAGGUGGAAUCCAACGAUGCGACAACAAGAUCCAAUAUACCAACGUACUCGAGAACUGGUGGCUCUACGGGCUCAACUCGAGGCGGCGGCGGCCGCGGCCGCCGGAGAUCACGCGGCGCGGCAACAUCGCCUUGGUCUGACACCACCGCGCGUUGCCAGCCCGCAUCACGUGUGAAUAGUAUCAUCGCGUUACGAACAAAGCUGGUAAAUGCCAUCGCUACAAGAUGGUGGCAUACAGAAGGUGCAACGCGGUUGAAACCCUCCGUGUUCUGGUCCAUAAGUGUUUUAUUUAAGUUAAAAUUAAACAAAAAAAUAUGUUUUAUCGCAUUUUAUUAAUUUUAUUUCUAGUAUUUUCCAUUUAUACGGGACACAACUAAUGUAAAUAUGUUAUUACUAUAAUAUUCCAAAUAUUUACUCGUGGAUUAUAGA